UUCUACACAAUAGACGAUAUACAAUACACUUAUGUCUGUAUGUUGGACGUUAAAAAAAUGUAAUUUUCUGUGAAUAAUUAUCAAUUUUAAAGACAUUGCGUGACUUUAUCGGCAUUUGGAGUUGGAAUUUGCUACUCUGUCCUACGUUUUCCUUUCAUUUGAGUUCCUUUAGCGGAGAAUUUACGUAAAAUAUGCAGAUGAUAUGGUAGGGAUAUAUCCACACAAUGUGAUUUUCAUAAAAUAGGUGCAAUCGGUACUCAUUAAACGGCGCAGCAAGGAUGUAAACAUCGGCAUCAAAACACACAUCGAUUCUACUAUGCAUAUGCGCUUCGAUUUUAAGGGAUGUUUUCGAGGACGUCCGCGCCCGCUGUAAACAAAAGCAGCGAGAGCGUGAGACUUCACUAUUUCCUCGUAUUAGUUCGCAGUGAAUUGUACAGCGUUUUCGUUUCGUCCGAAGCCAUGGCAGACACAGCAACCACAACCCCAGUCAAGAAGAAGGUUACUAAGCCUAAGGUACCUGCAGCACACCCCAAGUACGUUGACAUGAUCAGGGCCGCCUUGGAAUCCCUGAAAGAGCGUGGUGGAUCUUCCAGACAGGCCAUUCUGAAGUACAUAAUGGCCAACUUUAAAGUGGGAAACGACGUCAACCCCAUUAAUGUCCACCUUAAAAUGGCACUCAAGAACGAAGUGAAGAAAGGCGCUCUGAAACAAGCCAAAGGAACAGGCGCCACUGGCUCUUUCAAGUUAGGAGACAAGCCAAAGACAGAGAAAAAACCAAAGGCGAAGAAAGUCACCAAACCCAAGGCAGCCAAACCAAAGAAGGCCACAGCUGUUAAGCCCAGGAAGGCGGCAGGGGAGAAAAAGACUGCUGAGAAGAAGAAGAAGUCCCCCAAGAAAGCAGCUGGACCUAAGAAAGUUAAGACACCCAAGAAGAAGACGGCAGCCAAAUCCCCUAAGAAGGCAGCAGCCAAGCCAAAGAAGGCCAAGACUCCGAAAAAAGCAGCAGCAGCCAAGCCAAAGAAAGCCAAGACUCCCAAGAAGACAGCAGCUAAAAAAUAAGCAAUCAUAGCAUCAUUGCAGAUUGCAAACCUUCAACAAAAGCCCUUUUCAGGGCUACCAAUAUUUUUCGAAAAGAUGUCUUAAUUACAAAUGCAAGUUGCAAAGAAACAUGCAAGUACAAUGAAUUCAUAUACACUUUAUACAGGUACAUUAAGCCCCUUCUAG